AUGCCCGAAUCAUCGUCUGCCAACGACUGGGAAAACCCCAGAGUUUUUCAGCGCAAUCGCCUCAAGGCCCGCGCGUACUGGAUCCCAGAGACCUCGCUGCUGCUGAACGGGGAUUGGGACUUCAACUAUGUCUCUUCGCCGCUUUUGGCUCCUUCGCCUACACCGUCACGCUUGAGCGGUGACGGCGGCGAGGAGAAAGACGCAGAACAGGACCAGGUCGAAUGGAAGCCCAUCCCCGUCCCUGGUCACUGGCAGCUGCACGGGUACGGCCGGCCAAACUAUACGAACGUCAUCUUCCCGUUCCCCGUGGACCCGCCGCGGGUGCCCAGUGAGAAUCCCACGGGGACGUACAAGCGCAGCUUCCGUGUCCCGUCGACGUGGGAUAGAGAUGCACAGCUGAGACUGCGAUUCGACGGAGUGGACAGCGCGUACCAUGUCUGGGUGAACGGGGUGCAGGUCGGGUAUGCGCAGGGGAGUCGUAACCCUGCGGAGUUUGAUAUCUCUGAUCAGGUUGACCGCGAGAAAGAGAACGAGGUAUUUGUCAGGGUAUACCAGUGGUGCGAUGGGAGCUAUAUCGAGGAUCAGGAUCAGUGGUGGCUGAGUGUCUCUCGAAUCGAGGAUUUCCGGGUGACAACGACCCUGGACAGCGAGUAUCACGACGCUGAGCUCCACCUCGCCGUCGACAUCGCCUCGACAGAGGCCAGCACGCUCCACGUCGAGCUUUUCGACCGCGCCAGCAACGGAACCCUCGCGACGGAGGAUAAAGAGAUUGUCGGCACAGGGACAUACAAGCUCAGCCUGUCCGUACGCAAUCCGCGCAAAUGGACCGCUGAGACACCCUUCCUCUACGAUCUUGAGAUCGCCCUGGCGACGAGGUACGACCCAUCCGCCAUCCUACAAAAGGUGCACCACCGCGUUGGAUUCCGGCAGGUCGAGAUCAAGAACGGCAAUAUCACUGUAAAUGGGGUCCCUGUCCUCUUUCGUGGCGUCAACCGACAUGAUCACCAUCCUCUUCACGGGCGUGCCGUGCCCCUGGACUUUGUCAAGGAGGACCUCCUCCUCAUGAAGAGGCACAACAUCAAUUCGGUCCGGUGCUGCCACUACCCAUCCACCCCACAGCUCUUCUCCAUGUGUGACGAGCUGGGGCUGUGGGUCAUGGACGAAGCAGACCUUGAGUGCCAUGGGUUCUACGAUGCCGUGGCCCGGCCGCUCGAUAUACCGGAAAGCAUGGACUACGAGGAACGGAAGAAACUCACAUUCGCGCAAGCGGCCGAGUUCACGUCCAAUAACCCCGAAUGGAAAGCAGCGUAUCUGGACCGUGCGGAGCAGAUGGUAGCAAGGGACAGGAACUAUGCCUCCGUUGUCAUUUGGAGUCUGGGGAACGAGGCCUUUUACGGGGCCAACCACGCGGCCAUGUACCGCUUCAUAAAGGAAGAAGACCCGACCCGUCCUGUGCAUUACGAGGGGGAUAUGGAGGCCAAGACGGCGGAUAUGUACUCGUUCAUGUAUCCUUCUGUUGAUCGGAUCACUAGGCUCGCGACGGAAGAAGGGGAUGCAUUCACCAAGCCGAUCGUUCUCUGCGAGUACGGACACGCGAUGGGGAACGCACCCGGCGGCCUGGCCGAGUACAUGAAUGCGUUCAGGACCUAUCGCCGGCUGCAGGGAGGCUGGAUCUGGGAGUGGGCAAACCACGGGCUCUGGCUGGAGGAGAAGGGGUUCUACGCGUACGGGGGUGACUUCGGCGACCAGCCGAACGACGGGAGUUUUGUGCUGGAUGGCUUGCUUUACAGCAACCAUACCCCUACGCCGGGGCUAGUCGAGCUGAGAAAGGCGUACGAGCCGAUCCAUGCGUGGUAUGAAGAUGGUAGAAUCCGGCUGCAGAACCGGUUUGAUUUUGCCGGGCUUGAGGGCGUACAGGCGGGAUAUCGGGUCGAGGUGCUGGGCGAAGGCAUGGAGCUCAUCGAGGCCGGUACUCUGGAGAUACCGGCUCUCCGGGCCGGAGAGACGGGGGAGAUCCCCUUCCCUUCCUCCUUCCCGUCCAAGGCGACGGCAGGGGGCGAGACGUGGCUGACCGUCUCGUUCACGACAAAACACGCGACACCGGGACUGGAUGCAAAUUAUGAGAUCGCCUGGUUCCAGCACCGUCUUGGCUCAACGGCCCCGUCUCUGCCUGCGUUGACGCCGGCAGCCAGCUUCCCAAUCCAGACUCACUCCACGAAGGCCGACCAUAUCAUAACCGGCGCAGACUUCACCAUCACCUUCUCACGCACGACCGGCCUGCUGACGAGCUGGCGUAUCCAUAGCAGAGAGAUCCUCGCCGACUCCACAUCGGCCGGACUGACCCUGGGCUUCUGGCGCCCACCAACGGACAACGAGCUCCCGUACGAUCUGGGCGAGUGGCGCCGGUACGGGCUAGAUACGCUCACCUCCAGCCUCCGAAAGAUCUCGCUGACCGAGGUGGACGAGUCCAUGCUCGAGAUCCGCACUGAGGCGUACGUUUCGCCGCCCAUCCUGGCCUGGGGAUUCGAGGCGGAAACGGUCUACCGCAUCACCGGCGACGGCGCCUUGACUGUCAAGGCACACGUCAAGCCCAGCGGCGCAAAGCCAGUCGACGUUCCCCGAGUCGGGUUCGACCUCGUCCUUGCAGACGAGCUGGACAACGCCUCCUGGUUCGGCCUGGGCCCGGGAGAAUCUUACGCCGACAAGAAGCUGUCUCAGAAGAUAAGCAUCUAUUCUGCAACAACGUCGGAGCUGCAGACACCCUAUGAAGUGCCGCAAGAGGGCGGAAACAGAAUGGAGACGCGGUGGCUGCGAUUGCUCAACAACCGCGGCCGAGGUGUUUGCGUCACCCGUGAUGCAGAUGGAGACGAGGAGCAGGCAUUCCAAUGGGUCGCGACGCGGUACAGCGCCGAGUCUGUCGAACGUGCAAAACACCCAAACGAGCUCUCCCCGGAGAAGAGAGUCCGCGUUAGGCUCGAUGUCGAGAGCGCAGGAGUCGGGACUGGAGCUUGCGGGCCGAGGACUCUGGAGCAGUACCGGGUGCCCUGUGCAGAAAGGCGCUUCGGGUUCAGAAUUGCACCGUGGACUAAGUGA